CAUAAUGGAUUGUGUAGUAUAAUCGGCCUAGGCGGCAUGGUUUUUGUUUUUUAAUAAUAAUUGUUUUCCCGACUUCAAAGAAAACACGCUGCCCUCGUCUGAGUCGUCGCUUCCUUCUCAUCACGAGUCAUGACAGACCACCACCACCAGGUCUCCACCUGCUAGGCCAUACCACAAAAUGGAUUGUGUAGUAAAAUCGGCAACAACAAAAAAAAAAAAAAAAAAAAAAAAAAAAAAAAAAAAACAAGUAAAAUCGGCCUACGAGCCUAGACGGGCGCCUAGGCGGCCUGGUUUUUAUUUUUUUAAUAAUAAUUGUUUUCCCGACUUCAAAGUAAACACGCUGCCUCCUCUGAGUCGUGGCCUCCUUCUCAUCACGAGUCAUGACAGACCACCACCGCCAGGUCUCCACCUGCUACCACCACCAGGCCCCGACCCGCGACCCCAGUAAAGAAUUUGGGCUGUCCUCUUCGGCCGAAACAAGUGCAUUUUCUGAAGACAUAUUCGCAAGAGUGCCCCGUAAAGAAUCUGGUUUGAAUCUAUAUCAGAAACAAGAGCGGGAAGCUGUGAUGUUGGUGAAGAAGCAGAAGACAUAUUCUCUCUUGGAUGACGAUGAUGGCGAUAGAUCUUCUGCCCAGGUUGUUUCUGAGUCCAGGAAAGCUGAUUCCAUAAGAAACGAUUCAGGAAGAAGGACUUGACUUUUGAGUCAAAAGUCAAGAAGAUGAAGAUGAUGAGAUUAAUUCUUUUAACUUUUGAAAGGACAAGAGGAAGAAGAAAGAUGAGUUAAAAAGACAAAUCUCCCCAUAUGACGAUGAUGGUUCAGAGGUUUCUUUUAUUUUUAUAUAUAUUUUAAAAUUUAUCCAUAGGUAGUGCUUCAAAACUUGGCUAGGCUUUCACUAAUUAUCUUCUUAUCUGAUGAUAGAAUCUGUGUGGUUCACUCAUCAUACCAUUAUUGUUGAGAAUAAAAUGACUUGAUUGUAGGGAUUACAUUUUCCUUAUUUGUAUUGGACUUCGCAUAUUGUGGGUCAACCUCAAUCAUAGCCUCAAUUACUUAAUAGCCUAGAAUAGCUUCCUAGAAUAGUUCCUUGUAUCACCCAUAUAUGUAUACAUCCUGUACAAACGUUGAUAUUGAAGAAAUAUACAGAAACUU